AGAGAAAGGACACCCCGCCGUCGACCCCGGCACCCGAGGAAGCAGAGACAGAUGAACCGAGUCGCGUGCACGAGGACAGUCGAGGUGAAAUAAGCGGCUUGCGGUUUUCUUCCUGCUGCUCGUCCUCGGGCUGGGUCACGGCCAGGACAAUGAUCUCCCGUCGGAAAUGGAUAUCGAGAGCUCGAUCAACCGUACGAUCGAGGAGGUUGAACGCCAGCUUCGAGCAGACCCGAGCCUGCCCAGACUGACGCGGCCGGAGAUAGUGAGAUACCUUCAUAACAUCACGUCGCAGGAUUUGAAUAGCUUGAGAGACCAAGAGAAGAUCGAGAAGGCUAGGAAACUGUAUCAAAGAGCACUAAUGGUCGUCCUGCCGUACAGUGGUGCUGACUCCACUGGAAACCUGAACGACCUGUACACGAAGCCGCCGAUAGUACAAAUGAUUCCGGACUCGUUAAAGUCACCCAAUGACCAAGCCAAAGUCGAAGAAGUCCCCAAAACGUUCUCUCUAAAAUGGGAGGAAGAGCGUAAAAUCGAGCAACCUUCGAAGACGCAAAUACCGCCGGAUCAGCCAAAGGACAACGCCGAAGACAACGAAGACAGGAAGGAGACCAUCAUCGAUCUUUCGCUCCCUUCCGCAGACGAGAACCUGGUGUCCAAUCAGGUCACGUACAAACCGAGCGAUCAACAGUCCCUGAAGAAUCAGUACAAGAACCACCGGGAGACGUACUCGGAAGUGCACACGAAGGUGCCAUUAAAGGAAACGCUGCGGCUAGAUUCCGCGCCGGUCAGGUUCACCUUCAACCUCGAGAACCUUCAGAAGAACGCGUUGUCGACCGAGAGGACAACGGCGGCCAGGUAUCCGGUUUACAAGAGUAACGGGAACAAGAACGCGGGCCUAGAGAUCGUCUACAGCACCAGCAUCACCGAGCUGCCCACCACGAAAUCAGGCACCCGAGGUGUCACGAUCGAUCACGGGACUUCCAAGACCAGCCACAACGUCCUAUCGUCGAACCAAUGGCAGUACAACGCGCCGCCGAGUAGUACCCUGAAGCCAACCAUGCCGUCCAAGUUCGAUAAGGUCCCGUUCCUGCCGACUAUUAACACAGACCUCGAAGACCCAGAACUGGGUCUUCCUCUUCUGCCAGCGGAAGCAAUGUCUACGGAUCCCAAGGUGGCCGAGGCAUUCGUCACGACCACCGAGAGGCCGACAGCUCUGUACGUCACGGCCGUGCCGACGGGCGCGACCUCGAAAGCGAAGUACAGCUCGACCUACUCGAUCAACUCGGCAGGCUUCCGAGCGGUCACGCCGACCGGCACGACGACGAUGCCGAUGAGACCGGAGGUCAUGGACCUGUUGGCUUCCAUUGGCCUCAGGCCGGACAACCGUAGCAACGUGGAGGACGUCUACAAGAAGAACAAGGAGAUCAUCGAGAACAAGUUGCAGAUAGCCGACACGAACGGAUUACAGUACAAUCCGGUGUCCAGUUUGUCUUCCACCGGUCCCGAUCCCGCGUCCAUCCUCGAUCAGAACACGUUCAACGGGCUGGGGUCCGAGAUCAGGAAAGGCGUGGAGAAUCUGACGCCGGACGUGCAGCUGUUGUUCCAGCGAUUCGGUCUGCAGACGUCGAAGCUCGACCAGUCGACCACGUCCACGGAACGGACGACCAUCAACUUCAAUGACUACACGAAUUUCAAGCCUCUGCCCACGUCGAAAGUCAAGGACCAAGAGAUGAAGGAGUUCUUGGCGAGGUUCGGGCUGGGCGACGGCAGGAAAUCGAAGUCGAUGAGAGGAACGACCGAGGCUCCCUCGGUGAUCGAAGCUGUCCCCGGCAGCAUGAGGACCGUUCUCGAGAACAUGGGGCUGAUAUUCACCACUGCCAGACCUGCGAAGAACACGCCGAAGGCGGUCCGUGACAUGGAGUCCACGGCAACGUCCACGUAUCACGUGUUCAAACCGCACGAAACGAAGGUCGGCGACGAGAGGCAAAGGGUCAAGAUCAACGAGCUCCUGGACACGGUGAAGAUGGUCCAGGAGGGCAAGGCCGACAUCCAGAACGUGAAGAAGGUAGCCAACGAUCUGCUGGAAGCUACGAGGACCCUGAAGGACGGCCCCGAUCCUUUGAAGCUGGAGGAGAUCAUCAAGACUUACCACGAGGACGUCAGGAACGAGAUAAAGAGGCAACAGGAGACGGAAACGACCACCGCCGGGACCACGGAGCGAACCAGCACGCCGUCUUCGAGUAAUGCGACCGAAUCGGUAGAAGCGACCUCAGAUUCGGAGAACGCGGCUACGGAUCAGAAAGAUGUCGCCACGGCGACGACCACAGAGGUCACCGGGUCAUCGUCGAACUUGAUGGCGCUGGAGGAGUCGUUCGGCGGGACCACCAGCGCGCCCGACGUCUCGUUGCCGCCGAAACGGAAAAGCGGUCUCUAUUUCUUGGUCGACUGGAACACGUUCCUCGAGGUCGGCGAGGACGAGAAGGAGAAGGUCAACCUGAGGUUCCAACCUAAAGUCGGUGACCGGACGAGAUUUUUACCUGUCACCGUACCUUGAAAACUUGACGAACGAUCAUAGCGAAUCGAAACCGAAAUAUACGAUGGAACUGCCCAGAACUUGCAAACAUCGGGUAAGAAUGAUUUCUAUGUACUUUUAAAUAUUUAAUUCUUUGCCGUACAAGGUUUCCCAAAAAUGUACCGCAACGCAGAAAUAGGGAGAUUCCUGAGACCAUUUCAAGUAACUUUUUCCUUAGCGAAAAUGCGAUCCGAGGCUUCGUUUACGAGAUAUUAACGAAAAACA